AUGGGCGACAACAAAUAUUACACUUUGGCCGAAGGCUGCCCCUUUGCCAGCAACAAAGCGACUGUUCUGAUGCGGGAUAGACAGGGCGGCGGGCUCGGAUUGCUUCAGGAUACUCGGCUCAUUGAGACCUUGACUCAUUUCUCGCGUGAGAGAAUCCCGGAGCGUAAACUGACAUUGGACCCUUGCAUAGAGUCGUCCAUGCAAAAGCUGUUGGGUAAGCUGUUAAGGCUCCCCCGAAAACUUUCACGGAUUGACACUAUUUGUAGAUCUUAUGGCGAGUUCGAAGCCACCCGUGAUUGUUCUGAUUUUACCUGCGCCAGCUUUCUCAACAAGGUCGGGAAGAAAACGCCGGUGCUGCAGCGCGUGUCAACCGUCGGAGCCGAGUCAGGAUCUGCUGAUACCUCUCGCGAUGUGCACGGAUGGUCAAUGAAGCUCUACACGGACGAGGGAAACCUUGAUUGGGUUUUCAACAACACACAAGGAAUACAGAAUUUCACCCGGGAAGAAGCUACAAAAAUUGCCGGAGAGAACCCUGACUAUAUGAUUCAGGACAUGUUUGAAGCCAUCGAAAGAGGCGAUUAUCCUGUCUGGAAUGUCUAUGUCCAGCUGAUGACCCCUGGAGAGGCCGAGAAAUACGAAGUAAAUAUCUUCGAUAUGACCAAGGUCUGGUCGCAUAAGGAUUUCCCUCUACAGCAGAUUGGUCGUCUUACUAUGAACCGCAAUCCGCAAAACUAUUUUGCGGAUAUUGAGCAAGCUGCAUUUUCGCCAUCAACGAUGGUUCCAGGAUUUGCACCAUCCGCUGAUCCAGUGCUACAAGCACGACUCUUCGCAUACCCCGACGCGGCCCGCUACCGACUUGGAGUGAACUACCAGCAGCUCCCAACCAACGCUGUCCAGGUCCAAGUCUACUGUCCUUUCCAGAGGGACGGAAAAAUGCGAUUUGACCACAACUAUGGCGGAGAUCCUAGUUAUGUUGGCUCCACAAUCAAACCCAUUAAGUUCUACCAAGACGUGAAAGCAUCAAACCCGGGAGCAUUGUACUUACACACUGAUCAUGAAAAAUGGGCGGGAGAGGUUUCGGCCUAUUCUAGCGAGAUCACUGAAGCAGACUUUGUCCAGCCCGCAGCAUUGUGGGAGGUUAUUGGUCGCAGCCCUGGUCACCAGGAUAAGCUUAUUAGCAAUCUUGUCUCCAGCGUCAAGAAUGUUCAGUGCCUCGAAUUACGCAAAGCUGUCUAUGGCCUUUUUAGUCGUGGUGACAAGGACCUCGGGCUGAGGUUGCAAGAGCGUACCGAAGCAUCAAUCAAAGCGGCCGCAUAG